AUGGAUCAGUUGGCUGGUAGAAGAAGGCCUUGUUUCAUAGAGGAAGAUGAUGGGUUGGCCUCCCUUACAGCUCCAGCUCCCUCUUCAGUGAUUUAUAGGCAUACUGCUGCUUUGUCUGAACCCCAUUUCUUAGAAGCUUGUUUUCUUUGUAAGAAACGACUGGGUAAAAACGAAGACAUCUACAUGUACAGAGGGGACACACCAUUCUGCAGUGUAGACUGUCGACAACAACAGAUAGAGAGUGAUGAAGCCAGAGAGAAGAGCUGGAACCUUUCUGUAUCCAUGAAAGCCUUGAGAAAUAAGGAUAAAAAGAGGACAUCAAACUCACAAGAAUAUCCUUUACAAACCGGCACUGUUGCUGUUGUUUAA